AUGGUUUUCGCGCCACUGGAAUUUAACAAGAAGCAGCCAUUGGCAUUGAAAACCACUGCUCCUGUUGACGUUAACGAACCAUCCUGCUCUAGAGAUUUUGUCGAGCCUAUCGAUAUCGAUCAACCUUCAUAAAAAGAGCAAAGCUCUGACUCAAAAGCUGACGACACUAUAACAAAAAAACUGAAAAAGAGGCAAAAGUGUUUGGCAUUAAAAGAAACUUGUCCUCAGGAAAAUCUUUAA